AUGGAAGAAGAACAACUGGAUGGGCCACGUAUUGACAAACACUUUGAUCGGAUUCGUGCAAAUCUCAUUCGAUGUGAAGAGUGUAAUGAAAACUUUUUUUUCGAUUUUCUACGUCAUCCUCGAUAUUUUGUGACGCAUUUUAAAACAUGCCAUUUAAAAAAUAUCCUUUAUCGUUUCAAUGGAUAUUCCGAAGAAGAGAAUCAACGUGUACGUUUUGGACCUCGACGGAAGAAAGAUGCAACGUCUUGGUUUAGUCAAUUAAAAUCAACUGAGAAACGAAUGAUUUCAAUGCAAGAUAAUAAAUGGGGCGAAAUUGUGGAACGAGAGUGUUGGUCAUGUCGAUUAUGUAAACACGUUCGAAAAACAAAUGAGAUGCCACAUGCGUUCGAGCCAAAUGAAUUAGGUCGUCGUCAAGCUUUAUUACAUCUUCGACAAUACCAUGAAACAGCAUAUAGUGCUUUUCUCAGUAUGUUACCAGCUGUGGGAAGAUUCUUGAGUAUUGAGCAUCCCGCCAUGUCUUUGAGUAAUUUUCGACUCGUGGUAGCAAGUGAGAACGAAGUCGGACUUGGAAAUGGAGAGUCCGUCGUGGAGCUUGAAUCAGGUGGAGCUGCGACGUCUCAUUGGACAAGACAACAUGGUGAUUGUGGGACAGCAUCUACAUUCUCAACACCAAGACAUUCAGUUGAAGCUGAUCGUAGUCGACUUCGUCGAAUGCGAGCAACUCCUGAAGCAAAAAAGGCAGAAGCGGAGCGUAGUAAACGUCGACGAGAACAAUUAACACCAGCUCAACGACAAGCAGAUGCAGAAAGACGGGUCCGAAAACGACAGCGACUUGAGAAACGUGAACGUAGUCGAUUACGUCGAUCGAACGUCAAUCCAGGUGCACGAGAACGAGAGUUGAUACGUUCACGUGAACGUCGUCAGAAUGCAACUGAGCAACAACGCCACCGAGAGGCUCAAAGAAGCCGCAUGCGACGCCAGAAUGCGACAGAAGAGCAGCGUCUGCGCGAACGGGAGCGUUGUCGCCGUCGAUACGAGGCCCAAAAACGGCAAAAGCUUGUUGCUCAAAAAGCUGGUGCGUCGUCGGAUAUAAAGACACAGGAAUGUUUGCCCGGUGCUUUGGCUUCGGAUACUCUGACGUCACCUGGUAAUAAGAGUGACUCAAAUACGCGACCAUCAAGGACCCGAGUCAUGCCGAACGACCUGGAGCAACGGAACCAACUUUUAUUGCAGCAGCAGGCUGGACUUGGCUUGCAGAUUCGGUCGCUCUACGCGUCAUUCUCGCGUCCUCCAUCAUCUGAGUUCGAGCUUUGA